AUGUCUAACGAAGAUCCUUAUCGUUCUCUUGGUGUUUCUUCGUCGGUUGUUUCCUCUCUCAAUGAUAACAACAAUAUUGAAGAUGACUUUAUUGACACUGAUGACUUUGAAUUACUCCUCUCACAAACUUCCACACAUGACCUCAUGAAUUCUUUCAUUAAUAAUCCAACAAACUCUCAAUUUUCACAAUCUGCCACUGGUAAUGGUGUUUCCUAUUUGGAUUCCAACACUUUCGGUUCCUUUGACCAACCAACUCAUGUUAAUAAUAAUUAUAGCAAUACUUCACACAAUCAACCACAACAACAUUCACUCUAUUCAACCUCCACAGCAAGUCAACAACAACAACAACAGGUGGGAAAUUCUGCUCAUCCAUUCGAUUCACAACAAGGUAGUAGUACUACUUCCUUGCUCGAUGAAGGCUCUGCCAAUAAUUUCAAUAUUGCUUCUCAUCACCACCAACAACAACAACAACAUGAAAACCCUAAUGAUUUCUACUAUAAGGAAAUUGAUCAAGCCUUGAGUGAUUAUGAUUCCUCUCUCGGUUUGCAAGUUUCCAACGUUCAUCAUCAUCAACAAGCACAACAACAACAACGCAAUAAUAUUAUCAACAACAAUAACGCAAACAACACUGUAGUAGGCGCACAACACAGCAAUAUUAUUAAUAAUAAUAAUAAUAAUGGCGUUAUUUCGUUUGGUCCACUCGGACAUCAAGUGAUUGGAAAUUUGCAAACAAACUUUGUAGUCAAGCAAGAGAAUCAUCUAGUUGGUACGAAUAACAAUGGUAAUAAUAAUAAUGGCCAAUUGGUCAUGUUACCAAUUCAAGGCUUUGAUCAACAACAACAACAGAAUAAUAAUAUGAAUAAUAUUAAUAUUAAUAAUAAUAAUGGUUUUAAUAAUGCAGCUGCUAAUAUGAUGGUAAAUCAUCAACAGGCAACUAAUUAUCAUCAACCACAACAAUUGGUUGGUUUUAAUAAUGCUGCUAAUAAUACUGCUUCUAAUAAUUCUGUUGAUAUGUUAAUGAUGAUGCAAUCUAUGAAUCAAUUAUCCAUUCAGCAACAAUUGCAACAACAAAACAUGAUGGUGAAUACCCAACAACAUAAUAUGGCUAUUUCUACUAAUAAUAAUAAUAUGAUUUCAACUCCAAAUAGUGGUAAUAACUCACCAACUACUUUUAUCAAUCCAUUCCAAAAUAUGAGUAUGAGUGUUGGUACUCCACAAUCACCUUCAAUGGUUGUCAAUAAUCAAUUCCCAGUUAAGAAGGUUGAAAAUAACUUGAUUAGAAUGGCAGGUAGACAAAAGCGUUCAAAUUCUACCUCUUCUGUUAUGAGUAUUGAUUCUACUCAAUCAGGUUCAAUUAAUUUACAAAAACAUAUUCAUGUCAGAAGUAGUUCAAAUAACAGUAAUUUGAUGGGUGGUGGAAAUAUCAUGUUUAACAAUAAUGGUGGUAGUGGCAGUGGUAAUAAUUCACCAAAUACCAACACUACUAUGGUUAAUUUCCCUAAUAAUAAUCAAAUCAUGUUUAAUGGCGCGACAACUAAUAAUCAAAUGAUGAAUAAUAAUGGUAUUGUUAUCCAACAACAACAACAACAACAAUUUAAUAGAGGAAAUGGAGUUGGAAAUUUGUAUACCAUGUCAGAACCAUCAUCUCCUGUUAUGGGAAUGAUGAUUCCUUCACCAUCCAUGUCAAAUUCAUCCUCUCCAAAUACUUUUAACAAUACUGCAUAUGGAAGUCCUACAACUUCCUAUAUUUCUAAUGCAAUGUCAACUGCAUCAUCUACUAGGAGUAAUUCAAGAUCUAGAUCUGGAUCUGCUAAUGUACUCAUUGGAAAGCAAAUGGCAGCCUCAAAUAAGAGAACUAAUUCACUUCAAUUCCAUACCUACUCUUGUGAUGAUGAAGGAAAUGUUAAACAAAACGCAACUGUUGUUUCACCAAACAUUGCCAAGAUUACAAAUGUUGAAAAUAGAAAGAAGAGAAGUCAAAGUGAUGGUAAUAUUCAAGUUGCAUUUGAAAAACAAGCUAGAAAGAAAUCUUCUCCAAUUGCCUCCAUGUCACCUCAAACUAAUGACACAAUGCAAAAUAUGCAACAACCAAUGCAAAUGCAAAAUAUGGAACAAUCCUCUGGCAAUUUCACAUUCAUCGAUGCAACCAAUACUGGUGAAUUAUCUCUUCAACAACAACAAGCUUUGUUUAGUAAGAAGAACUACAUGCCUCAAUAUGUUUUGAGACACAACAUUUAUGAUGAGUACAAAUUUAAAUCAAAGAAUCCAAAUCAAAAGUACUACAAAUUCUUUGCUAAUCAAUAAUAUUCAGAGUAGUACUCUCAACAAUUUAUCAACUAAUCAACCCAAACAAUUGUAAAUAGUCCAACAAAUUUUGCUGUAUUCAACAAUAUGUGUCUGUAUUGGUUAAUACUUGAAUUUUUCACACAUAGAAAGCAAUUCCAAUCCACACCCGUGUUGUUGAACAGUCCACAUAAGAGAGUGUAUCUUAACUUGCGUUCACAAUCAAUAAAUUUUUUAUGUUUUGUU